AUGUGCACUGAAGCAGAUCAGAGGGGGAAUGCUUUUGUACUUGGACAACUUAGUGAGCUGGUUAACAAAGGUAAAAGGAAACAAAGUUAUUGUAGCUCUUCUGCCGCUUCACUAGUUGAGAUCCAGGGGGAACUUCGGACAGCUCGACGUAAGAUAGCUCAACAUGAAGAGGAGAAUGCUCGUCGACGCGAUGAGGAGCAACAACAAGCUCAAUCUCGGAUCUAUGAAAUGGAGAAGCUGAUCACGUUCAUGAAGAACAAUGAUCCCCAACAACAAACUCAGACUGCUUCUCAAACUUUCUAUAUUUCUCUCUUGAACAAACUAGUAAUGUUUAAAUCCUUUUUGUACUCUUGUUUUAAUCAUUUUGUACACUGUAACUUAUUUUGGUUGAAUACUUAG